GGGGGGGGGGGGAGGAAGAAAAAAGGAAAAAAAAGGUACAAACUAUUUUAUUUAUUUUUUACUAAAAGCAGUAUUGUAUUGCUGUUAGUGCCUUACUUUGCAGGCAUAGGAGGAAAAAGACAAAAGUAAAAUGCUGAACAUGAUUACGGUUCCUUCUUGGAAACAAGACUAGGGCAAAUGCUCACUCACUGGAGCAAGACCAAAAAUGACAGGAAAAGAGGAAGUUAUUUCAUGGCCCGUCAAAUAUAAAUUAAGUUUUUCAUUUUGUCCUGGCAAGUCACUCCCAAUUAUUUGUAAGUUAUGGUAGUAAACACUUCAUCAGCUGCAAGGGGGUUGGGGUUUUAGAAAGCUUGUAUGGGGUAAUGAAGUACUACCUAUUUCUGGCUUCUCUGUACUGAGACCAAUUUUAAUUGUAUUCAGAGUUUCCCAUUUUAGGAGACAACCUGUACUGAGAGAGAACUUUCCUUGAAAUUAUUUCAUAGAGGUAGCACGAUCCCAUAACUUCAAUAAGCAAGCUUUCAGACUUGGCCCUCUUUCAAACAAAUGUUUGCAAGGUCAGUUUUGAAAUAAGCAGUGCCUCAGUGGUUAUCUUUGCUUUAUGGCUAGAUUGAACAGGCAGUAAAAACAUAAAACACAGUAAAAUUGAGUUGUACUUGAAAUUUUUGUGCCAGUAUUUCAUUGCAUUUGUUCUUCAUAAAAGUAAGAGACUGGAAAUAGUUGGUAACAGAUGCCUGCUCUAGACCACUGUUUCCUCUCCUGAUUAAAGGCUGCUUGAGGCAGACAACAGUAGCAAAAAUUACUGCUGAACCCUUCUCCAGGGUAGGUUAGAUCUUUGUGCAAAUUGGUGAUGGUUUUACUGGUCUUUUGAGAGAUUCCACAAAGCAAUGGGAGGAAGGCAGCAAGACUGUGAAGUUUAGAGCUUAACAUUUAAAGUUGUGCCUCUGUACCUUUUGGUCAAUGUUUUUGAUGUUGUAAUGAUGAAAAAGUGACAAUAAAUUUAAAACGAAGAAAGCACACUUCUCACUGUAUGCAGAAGUUCCUAGACAGUUUACAUCUUACAAGUCUUUGAUUUUUCAGUCUUACUGAAAUUUUCAAGAGAAGAUACAUUUUAAGAAAAUCCAUUUACUGAUCUAGUUACAAAUAGAGCAAAACAAAUGUCUUGAAAUUUCAGGUAGCUUUUGCUUUAUAAAAGCAACUUAGAUUUAGGUGCCUCAGGAACUCAGACAUCUAAGUCUUCAGAAGCAUUAUUAUUAAGGUAGGAUGGGAUACAGUGCUGUUAAGAAGAUGAAAUUUAUAAAGGAAUCAUGGGAAGCACUAUGUACUGUUAAUACAUACAAAAUUGUGAUUUUUGUUUUUUUAGAAAGUCCUUACAAAAGCAAAUUAAUCAUUAUAUAUGAUAUUGCUUUAAAAAGAUCCCUUCUUAUCCACAGAUCAUAGAGGUUGUCCUCAGAACAGGAGGUGACUUCCUCUUUUUUGACUCCAAGUAGUGCUUUGGCCUUAUUGCUUUAUGUAGUUUUUUUGGUAGUAUUAUAAGCCAGAUUGACACAUGCUAGCAGAAUUUUAUUGACAUUUUGCUAUGUGAUUUCAUCAGUUGCACUUCAUCUCCUGAUAUUCUAAGUACCAAGAUUACCAGUAAAGCCAUGGCACUGUGCUUAUGAGUGUGAAAGUAUUUCUGCAUUAACCUAAUUUCCUGAAGAUUUAUGGCUGCUGUAGAUGUUUUCCAUGGGUGGCUUCUUGCUGAGCUGCUCCUUGAACAAGAAGGAAAAGCUGAUGGCCAGAGCAAAGCACAUAGCUACCAAUACCUUAAGAAAAAUGUUGCUGGCUUUUACACGUGCACUAUAAAGAUACAGAAAUAUGAACUUCGAUAUUUUGUUUUACUCUUGCAUGAAAAGCUAAAUAGAAUCUGAGUAAUGUUUGACAUGAAAAAGCUAACAGUAAGGAUUGUCUUCUUCUGUGCUCCAUUAUUCUCUUAAAUAACAAAGUUGAAUGCUGAAGAAUGUUGCGAAAUCUGUUUAUCACGUACAGUAAGGUCCUGUGCCAAGCGCUGCUAGGUGGCAGCCGUGCCAGCAGCCUCUCCUAUCCAGCAGUGGAAAACUAGUGUGGCAGGGCCUGUGGGUUACCUGUUCCCCAGAGGCAGAUAGCAGAGAAGGAGCUGCUCAUCCCCGUACUGGUGGGGGAAAGACACUGCAUGGGGUGAGGGAUUGGUUAUUUCUUGCAUGCUUGCUUACAGGCAUUGGAGAUGAGGCCACCAACUGGCCCAGGUAGUUACUGGGGAAGGGCACUUCUCUGGGGGUUACAGGGUCAACCAGUCCAGUUUGUGCUUAGGUUCCUCCACUUUUCUCCUCAUGUAUCUGCGAGGUGCAGUCAGAAGUGCAACUGGAAGGUAUGUUUAAUGUGUAUGAAAUAAACACGGGCCUAGACUUCACUACAAACUCGCGGUUGUCUCAUUUUCAUCAACAUUCUUGAUGCUUACUGGGCAGACAGUCUGUUUACUGAAUAGCAACUGAGAGGGUUCGUUUCUUGCAGACUUCCCCACGCCUUCUAAUGCCCACAGUAAGUAAGUCUUCAGUGAGUAUAUGGAAUUGAGGACUGCAUCCCCUGGCUGGGCCUUACGGUGAGGAGAGGGGGCUGGCAGGCUUUGUAAUGGGGCCAGCUGGGGUCAGGGUGUGAAAGAGGAGAUCUGAGGGCAGAAAGCAGUUGGGCGGGACCAUGGAUUUCUUAGCAAGCAUAGGAAGUUGUUCAAGAGGCAUUUUACAUUUUUGGUUUUCCUGUAGUGUCUUCAGAUUUUUUCUUGAAGAGGAUAUCAUCCAGUGUCUUAUGCUCGGAAGUUGCUAAAAUUACCAGUGAAGCGACACACCACACAAAUGAAAAAUAUUAGCUGUUCCCAACAUGUAACAACUUUCUUUCCACUGGUCAGUUAGAGAAGUUAAGGGUAGAUGCAGACCUCUGGAAAGCCCAUGGAGUUUUUAGGAGCUUACAAAAGGAAAAGUGGAGAAAAAGGGGAGAAGGACAGUCCUAAUAUGCAUUAUUUGCAGCUGGUGUAGCUAAAACCUCCAAGAAAAGAUGCAGCUUUUACCUUAUUCAUGGUGAGAUUUCUAUGUCCAGGCAAAAUUUGAGAAGAGCUGUAGCACAGCUGACGUACAACCAUCUCUUCUGUGCCCCAAGUAAGAAUAUGUUGUGACUGGCAUACAUCGUUUCUUGAAGUCAUCUCCAACUUCUUUCUUAGUAAUACUGAAAUAUUCUGUUUGCUUUUUAAAACUGCAGUUUGAAAGGCUCUCGAAUUAGAAGGGGCAUCUAAAAGAAAAGAAAAGUAGUAUGUUGUAAAUGGGAAUAUCGUUGACUAGCACGUAGCAGAUAUCUACAGGAAUGUUUUGUCUUGAUCGGUUUUUGGGGUUUUUUUGUUGUGUCGUUUUUGUUUUUGUUUUGUUUUUUGUGUUGUUUUUUUUUUUUGUGACAAGACUACAAGACUCUUGGAUCACAGAGGAUAACCUCUUGGUUAUCUUUGUUGGACCUUCAGAGGUGGGCUCAACAUCUGUGGCUGCAUCAUGAGAACACAUUCUCUGCUCAACUCACAGGUUUUAUCAAAGGAAUAAGUGAUUCAAACUUCAGUUGUUCCCAUGCAUUUGCUACUUGGUGAUCACCAGCCUGCAAAGCUGUUAGCAUUCACCACAAAGCUCUCUUGACUCAUGCAAGUUAAUGAAGCGCAGCAGUGACAUCCUACAUAAAGUUCAUUUUAGUAGUAUAGGUGGCAUAUUGUGAUUCCUGGGAAGCAAAUGUAAUGAGUGUAUCAGUUGGUAUCAUUCAUUUAACCAAUGUUACGCUUUCUGUAGCUCAGAAAUGAGUGAAUUUAAAGCACUGAACUCCCACCUCUUUCCCUUGGACUAACAUUGUGUGAGCUUCAUCUUGACAGGCGUGAAGCAAGUCAUUCAAACUUAAUGUAGAUUGUCUUUCAUAAGAGUCUGCAAGUUAGGUAAAAAUUCUGAUUAUUCUCUGAUUAGUUUAAUGUGUGGGUUUAGAAGGAAAACCGUCCCCUUCCUGUAGUAGCUAGGGAGUGUGGCACUUUUUCUUCCUUAUUACAAAAUAACUGAUUAUUUUUCCUGGAUUCAAGGCAAUGUCAGGCAGAGUGUCUCACUUUGAUUUGAAAAAGGGACUGAAAUAGAAUUUAACUGGGGGAAAGCUGAAGUUUCUCAUUAAAUGUCUGAGAUUUAGUGUGUAUGUUUUAUAUGUAGAUAUAUGUAGACGUAUACAUAUACAAGCAUAAGUUGUGUGUGCAUCACUUGAAGGGUCUUAGUCAAUACCCUGCUUUGAAACUGGCAGUGCUGAAGGGGUGGCUGCUGUGAAGUUUUCUGAAUGGCUGUUGCGUCUUGGAGGUAUCUCAACAUAACUUCGAGCUACAGUCACUGAGGCAUUAGAAGCUGUGAGUCUGAGUAAGCUUGCUUUCACAAAUUGCACAAAUUUCCACAAAUUGUUACUCCCACAGUGGGGAGACUGUUUUGGAUUAUGGCAACAUUCAGCUUGGGUGUUGCAUAGGAAGAAGGCAGCUAUGAGGCAUUGGGUCUCGUAGUUGCAUCUCCUGAACACCACAGUAAGGAAGUACAUUUGGCAAGGUGCUGUGCACAGUGGCUUGCAUAACUUGCUCUCAGUUACUGAGGGGUCUUACUGGCAUUAUUUCCCUACUUUCAGUUUGUGUAUGGGUCUUAUGUGGCAAGUUUUUGAUAGUGGGGGUAGUGCACUGGUGGCCUCUGUGAGAAAAGCUGAGGAGCUGCCCCAUUUCAGAUAAGAGCCAGCUCCAAAAAGGACCUGCUGCUGGCCAGAGCUGAGCCAAUGAGAGACGUUGGUGUUGCCUCUGAGAGCAGAUAUAAGAAAGGGGAAAAACUGUUGCAAAACAGCAGCUGGAAGAGAGGAGUGAGAGAAACAGCCAGCAGCCACCAAGGUCAGUGCAGGAGUGCAGGAGCUCCAGCUGCUGAAGCCAAACUUCUCAACAGUCCAUGGAGAGGACCACAGAGGAGCAGACUGUCCCCCAGCAGCCCAUGGAGGGUACUGCAGAGGAGCAGGCUGUCCCCCAACAGCCCACGGAGGGCACCAUGGGGGAGCAGGCUGUUCCUCCACAGCCCAUGGAAAGGACUGUGGGGGAGCAGGCUGACCCCCAGCAGCCCAUGGAGGGCACCAUGGGGGAGCAGGCUGUUCCUCUGCAGCCCAUGGAGGGGAAAGUGGGGGAGCAGGCUGUCCCUCUGCAGCCCAUGGAGGGGACUGUGGGGGAGCAGGCUGUUCCUCUGCAGCCCAUGGAGGGGACUGUGGGGGAGCAGGCUGUUCCUCUGCAGCCCGUUGAGGGGAAUGUGGGGGAGCAGGCUGUUCCUUUGCAGCCCAUUGAGGGGACUAUGGGGGAGCAGUCUGUACCUCUGCAGCCCACGGAGGGGACUGUGGGGGAGCAGGCUGUUCCUCUGCAGCCCAUGGAAGAGACUGUGGGGGAGCAAGCUGUUCCUCUGCAGCCCAUGGAAGAGACUGUGGGGGAGCAGGCUGUUCCUCUGGAGCCCAUGGAGGAGACUGUGGGGGAGCAGGCUGUUCCUCUGCAGCCCAUGGAGGACCGCAGCAGAGCAGAUCUCCACACUGAAGCCCGUGAAGGACCCCACAGCGGAGCUGGUAGCAUUGCUACUUCCUUUCAGUGCCAGUCAAUCCAUCAAGAUCACAUUUGCAACGAUGAUGGCGACAAGAGCGAAGACGGUCCCAGCCCCAAGCGGCAACGCCUUUCCCAUUCAGUCUUUGAUUAUACGACGGCAUCACCAGCCUCGUCACCGCCAAUGCGACCAUGGGAUAUGACAUCAAAUAGGCAGCCUCCUUUGGCUAGGCCCAACCAACACCACUUCUCAGGGGAACGAUGCAACACACCUGCACGAAACAGAAGGAGUCCUCCUGUUCGACGUCAGAGAACUAGGAGAGAUCGUCUGUCUCGACAUAAUUCCAUUAGCCUAGAUGAAAACUAUCACCAUCUCUCCUAUGGACAGCAGCAAGCAAUAGAAGAGCCCCGAGCUUUUCGCCCACCGAAUGUAUCUCCUCGUAUGUUACGCCCAGCUGUUCACCCACCACAGCAGAAUGCAGUGAUGGUUGACAUUCAUGACCAGAUCCAUCAGGGUACAGUUCCUGUCUCAUACACAGUGACAACAAUGGCUCCACAUGGGAUACCACUUUGCACAGGCCAGCACAUCCCAGCCUGCAGCACACAGCAGGUCCCGGCGUGCUCAGUGGUUUUCAGUGGGCAGCACCUUCCAGUUUGCAGUGUGCCUCCUCCAAUGCUGCAAGCAUGCUCAGUUCAGCACCUACCAGUACCAUAUGCAGCAUUUCCACCCCUUAUUUCUAGCGACCCAUUCCUUUUGCACCCUCCUCAUCUGUCUCCACACCACCCUCCUCACUUGCCUCCUCCAGGACAGUUUGUUCCUUUCCAAGCACAGCAGUCACGUUCGCCAUUUCAAAGGAUAGAAAAUGAAGUAGAACUGCUUGGAGAACAUCUUCCUGUUGGAGGUUUUACGUAUCCUCCCUCAGCUCAUCCACCAACGUUGCCUCCCUCAGCUCCUCUCCAGUUUUUAACUCAUGAUCCUUUACACCAGGAAGUGUCAUUUGGCGUUCCUUACCCACCGUUUAUGCCUCGAAGACUCACAGGGCGCAGCAGAUACAGAUCGCAGCAGCCAAUACCUCCACACCCUUACCAUCCUAGCCUACUACCUUAUGUGCUGUCAAUGUUCCCAGUUCCACCUGCAGUUGGACGAGCUUUCAGCAUUGAGCUGGACGUAGAAGAUGGAGAGGUUGAAAACUAUGAGGCCCUGCUGAAUUUGGCAGAACGUCUGGGGGAAGCCAAACCACGAGGACUGACAAAGGCGGACAUUGAACAGCUCCCAUCCUAUAGGUUCAAUCCAAACAACCACCAGUCAGAACAGACACUGUGUGUGGUGUGCAUGUGUGAUUUUGAGUCAAGGCAGCUACUUAGAGUCUUACCCUGUAACCACGAGUUCCAUGCCAAGUGUGUCGAUAAAUGGCUUAAGGCAAAUCGUACCUGCCCAAUUUGCAGAGCUGAUGCUUCAGAAGUGCAUCGUGAUUAGAGUGACCAAUCUAAGAGCACAAAUCUGGUUUGGGUGUUCCUGGUCAUGUGUAUAUAUGAACUAUCUAUUGAACUUACCCAUGUGGCUUCCAGCCUUUUCCUUUACACAAAAAGGUCAGUGGACCUUACUUUGCACUGUGUGACUUAAUCAAUUAUAAAGCUUAUAACUAGUCUUCACAUCUACGGGAUUGUUAUACUAACAGUGUGAUUGGAACUCCAAAGAUUUUUUUCUUUAGCUUAAUUUUGUGUGUGCACUAACAUUCCCUGGUUUUUGUGUGAUCAUUCUGAGUGUUGCUGCGAGAUUACUGUGGACGUGAUCUUUUAGCAUGUGCUUUUAUAUAAAAGAAAAAAGGAAAAAAAAAAAAAAAAAAGUGGUAGCUCCAAACAGUAUAGCAAUCUACCUUAUAUAGAGCCUUCAGAUACUGUGAGUGGGAGUGAGUGGUGUGAAUGUGUUCGCUUGUGAGAGGAUGCAUGAAGUGUGCUUGGGAAUGAGUGUGCAUGUGUGUUUGAGAACCUAUAUACCAGCAUGUGCUGAGAACGUAUGUGUGUAGUAUUAAUUAUGCUGCAAUGUAUAAUCUUGUGUGUUAUUUAAACAGUACUAGUACUGUACACUGGUUCCUUUCCUUGUGUUUGCAGUUGCACACUAAAUACAGUGGGUGCAGCAAUUACAGACAUUUAGUAUUUCCUCCCCGAUGUACUUACAGGUACUUACUUACCUGUCUACCUACUAUUCAAACAAGCUGUUAUGCUUCCCUUUACUCGGAGGCUUUAAGUGCGUACCACUAAAGGGGUCACUGAUUGUUCAUAGAUGAGUAAUGUUGGGUUUUAGCAUACGUUACAGAGUUCAGAUUUUUACUUUGCUGAUUUACAAGUUAUUUUAUCAAUGUAAAGUUGCAAUAUCACACAGAUCGUUUAGCAAUAUUAACAUUUUCAAUUGGUAACUUCAUUAUCAACGUGUUCCUGUUCUCCUUUCCAAUUUUUUCUAGUUGGGCUGUAAUUGCAUUCAGUUGAUUUGAGAUUAGAGCAGAGUUCUGAAGAUGCUGCAGUUAUGCACUUCUUUCAUGAAAGGAAGCAGAAAGGAACAGCCCUUCAUUUUUUUGCCACUGUGCUUGCUAAAUAGAUAAUCCUCUAGCUUACAAGCAUUGGCUUUAAUCAUACACAUUCUUUGUCAUUUACAAGGGAGUUUGUAUACAAUUAAAAUAACUUGUAAGAGGUUACAAUUUUAUUCCUGCAACUUCACAAAUAAAAUAAAAUUUCUAGCAUUUUCUCAGAGAAGUAGAACUUCUGUUUUUUUUUUUUUUGUUGUAUCACAAAAGAGGGUGGUUUUUGGUCACUCAUUGCAGAAUUCAGUUGCCCUGAUGCUGCUUCUUGUCCCUCAUUAUUUUCAUGAUGAGUGUAAUGUGAAGACAGAACUCCCUUGGUUUUUGCAAUUGAGUUUCCAGAAUACUCCACCGCAUUACAGAACGGGAGCACCUUCUGAACAGAAUGCUGUUAAACAGGAGGUAGCUUCUAUCCAACUGCUUUCUGAAUGGUGUUUUCUUUGUGCUUUUUUACAAAAGUAGCUCCAUUUACAACAUUUCAGACUGUUAGCAUCUUCAGCACGUUCCACCAGAAUUGUAACGUCCACCUACACCAUAGUUAUUCAAAGGAUGCACUUCUCCCAUCAGUUGCUUCUCCCGAACUGUCAUUACUUCAGUUGCAGCAGCACAAGUGGCACAGUUAGCAAUAUUGCUGCAGCUUGCUGCCGGCCUCAGCUUUAAGUUGAUUCUCUAUCAUUUCUGAUGCUUUUGUAUGCUGCUAUGCUUUAGUAUCGAUUAUAAUUUCAGUGUUACAUGUUCUCCAUGCCGUUUGCCCUCUUUCAGUAUUCUACAGACCAAUCACAGCUGAUGGUGCAGAUGAAAUAAAAGCACAAUUUUGCCCUAUGUCAGAUGCUCUUGCCUCCGUUUGUGUAGUUACACAGGUAGCUCUCAGAAACGCUGAGUCUUUCCAUUCCUACUCAUACCUAAGAACACUAAACAAAUGAAAACAUGCUGUUACAUCAGAGUACUAAAAUACCUCCUCCCUUCCGGAGGAGUUACAGAGUAAUCUUCCACGAUAACACCUGGCAGGUUAAAGUGCAUAUAGUAAAAUUUAUUUUUUUAACAAAUGAAAUCAUCUUGUUUAAAAAAAAAAAAAAAAACCAUAUACCGCAUGUCUUACAAAACUUAGGCUCUUUUAUAUAGCUGCAGGAGAAAAAACUUCUAUGCGUGCAAAUUUAACCAUAACUAACACUACGUUCGAUAUUCAGUUUGAAGCAUGGGAAGAGGGCACUUCUCUAAGCAUUCACAUUCUUCUGAAGCCAAGGGAAAGGCAACCCUUUUUCUGGAGUUGAGAAAUCUUGAUGUGUAAAGCCCCUUUCCCCAGUGGAACUCUGUGAGGUGUUGGGAGACUGAGGAGUUGGAGGGUCUAACUCGGUAAAAUCCUGGAAUGAUUUGUUGCACUCUUAUGGCUUGUCUCUUCUGAAAUGGUUCAUUUGUUUGCAUGGGUCUAUUGCAGAUGUGUGUGGACUUGCUUCCUGUGGUUAGUGUGUGUAAGCAGCACACGUGCACAUGUUGUGGGUCAGCUCAGAUGAGCCGCGGCCGCUCUUGGCUGUGGCUAUUGAUGGGGAUUCGUGCUGAGCUGCUCGCUGCCAUGUGCUCUGUACAUUUGUGUGUGACUUCUCAGCCUGCCGUGGUGCCAGGCAGCACCAGCAUCCAGCAAGACGUUUUUUAUGUUCCUUCCCUUCCUGACUUCACCUGUCCCCUUCCCUUCCCGAACAGUCCAUAAGACAUUUGCUUUAUCAUAUUGGCACUGCUGUGGCUUUGGCAUAAAACUGCCAAUUAAAUUUGAAGUUUAAGGGGAUAUCAAGGCCUACAGAUAAUUCCAAUGUCUCAUUUUGUGACUUUCUUUACAAAAAAAAAAAAAAAAAAAGAAAGAAAAAAAAAGAAAAAAAAAGAAAUUUAAGCCUUUUGUUGUAUACUGUUUUCUACGGGCUCUUGAAUGUGAUUUCACAGCUGUUAACACAUCAUAUAAUACUUGGGAUGGGAUUUACCAACCUUUUUUUUUAUUAUUAUUAUUUUACUUACAGAAAACACAUUUUUGACUGAGUUAUCUUUGGGCCUUUUGAAAAGCUGUGUUUUUUUUUUUCUUCCUUUGGUACAUGGUUACCUCAUUUUGCUACUUGUGUUUCAGAUCUGUUAAUGAUUCUGAAAGCUUGUGACUUUUGUUGGAAUCAUAUUUUGUCAGUUGUUUUCUUUAGAUCAUACUCUAUUGAAUCACUUAAUAUGUAGUUUUAAAUGUAUUAUAAAUAUCUGUAACCAAAUCAUUUGAAGGCUUGAUAAAUUUUUAACAAAAUUUGUACAUUUUUUAUGAGAGUUACUAGUAAUGCUUUACUACGUAGUGCAAUGAAGUUUUAUUUUUAAUCCCUGUGCCCAAUUUUGGAGUUGAGAGAGUUGUUCGGUAAUAAAUGUAUGAUGUACACUUA